AUGGCUGCGACUGCGAGCAGGCCUCCGAAGAAGAAAGGUGAUGCACCGACUUCCACAGCAUCGGAAGCUGCAAGAGGGAGCACAGCAGGGAACCUUGCAGCGAACGCUCGAGUUCGCUUGGUUGGCCUGGAAGCCUUUGUGGAUCUCAAUGACCAGCUGGGAACACUGCUUUCCUUCGAUGGCUCCCGAGGUAGAUGGCAGGUGCGUCUGGACUCUGGGCAGGUGAAGAAUGUCCGGGUGAACAAUCUUGUGAACAUCGCUCAGACUCCGCCAGAGGAGGGGAAGCCAGCAAGGGGCGUCAAGCGCACUGCGGAGGUGGUUUGCUUGAAACCCCAGGCCACCCCCUUGCGAUCCGGCGCAGGGAAAAGGCAGGCUCCCAGCGCGAAGAGCAAGGCCAAGGCCGGGGGACGGAGCUUUGAAGUGGGCUGUGAGGAUUUUCGGCAGCUCUUCCAUGCAAAGGGCCCCUGCAGUCUUGACCUCAGCAUUUUUGCAGUGCUCAAGGUUUCAAUCAUGGAGGGGGGACCCGGGGCCGAUCCGGCAGCGAUCAGGCAGUCGACGCCCGUCAGAGUGAAGGAGCCGGGUCCAGAGAAUGACCUUUACCUUGCCCACCUCUUCGGAGUGGAGGAGCGAAGCAGAGCAAGCUUGGAUAACAAAGUGCAGGAGAUCAUGAGGCUCCUGGAAGAUAUUCUGGAGACCCUGAAGUCCAAGACCGCUGCAGAUUUGCAGACCUUGGGAUGCUUGGCGGACUUGGAAAGGGCCUCCAGCAUGGACAAGGUCCUUUCGGUAUCCGUUGGCAAGAAGAUCUACCGAAGGCACUUGUUUAAGCGAGUUAUGUGGUCCUGCUUGGAGGAUGAGAGCUCCUCAAGAAUGGCUUGGUAUUAUGGCUACUGCAUGGAUGCAUUCAUCGUAUUCUCCGUCCUCUUGCCCCUCUUUGAAUCCUCUCAAAUUGGCGAGGCAGAUAUGGUUCCGAUGCUGGCUCCCAUGUCGGUUAUCAAUCUGGUAUUUGACGUCAUCUUUCUGAUUGACCUGUGCUUCCGCUUCCUCGCGUGGCCAACCAUGUCGCACUUCUUCUGCAACGCGUACAACGUGAUCGACAUGUUUGUGAUCCCCUCGUUGGGUAUUCGAGUGGCCCUGGGCGUGAACAUCAGCCCGACCUCACACGUGAUGUGGAGCACGUUGCUUCUUGGCUUUUUCCCGGUCCUAAGGCUUCUGAAGCUCCUGCGGCGAUUUCAGACCUUCCAGGUUCUCCUAAGUGCAUGGUGGGCUGUUUUCGAAGCACUACCCAUGUUGAUCUUUGUCCUCGCCAUCAUUGCGCUGACCUUUGCUGCAGCACUCUUUUCUGUUGAGCCUCGUUCCAACAUCGCUGACUGGGGAAGCGCGCUGUGGCUGACCGUGGUGUCCAUGACUGGGCUGGGAUAUGGUGAUCUGUCGCCUUGCACACCCCAAGGGAAAGUCUGCGUUUCGAUUCUCAUCAUCACCAGCCUUCUGUACCUUUCCAUUCCAUUCGGAAUUCUGGGCAGUGCCUUCACCCUUGCAUGGAGUCAACGUGAUGCAGUCAUGGCUGUUCGCAAGUUGCGCAAGCACCUCGCCAACCACGGUUUCACAUCCGAAGACAUGCGGAAGCUGCUGCAGCACUUUGACUUGGACCACGACGCAGAGAUUUCACUAGUGGAGUUUCGCACAAUGAUCAACCAUGUUAUGAUAGGAUUCACAAACGAAGAGGUCAGUGAUUUGUUCGAAAGUCUAGAUUUCCAGCAGCGCGGGCUGAUUCGCGCUGCUUCGUUCCUGACGAUGGUGUUUCCCCGUGAGUUUGAAGAGUGCAAGCAAACGUACGUGCCAGCCCUCAGAAAGAAGCACAGGAUUUUCUACUAG